AUGAAUCAGUCUACCGACCUCUGGACCAGCCCCAAGACAUCUGGGUUCCUCAAAUCGGGACGGGUGACGACCCUCCCGGAGCAGGGCACAGAAGACUCCAUCGACAGACAACACACACAUAAACCUCAUCUGGUCCUAGUGUCGACGGUGCAUGCAACAACUGCUCCGUCCACAUGGAGGAUCGGACCCAAGACCGAGAAAAAUAUCGGUGGAGGAAAGGGUCCUCAACUGAGCAAGGGAAAAGAAAGGGAGCAAAGAAAAACAAAUCUGUCUACCGACAUCCGAACCAGCCCCAAGACCUCUGGGUUCCUCAAAUCGGGUCCGAACCGUCUAUGA